CGUUGGCUGUGCACUAAUACUGGUGUGCGUUGCUUUCGAUUGUGGCAUUGUGCUGUGUAUUAGCACGAAUGAGAAACAGAGUAGCAGUGAAAACACAGCAAUCGCGUCUGUGUAUUUUUGUGAACAUCGUUGGUUGUGCACAAUCAUUUCUUAGAGUAGACGCCGAAUAAUUAGAUUUUCUGCUGGCGUGUGUCAAGUCCAAAACAGUGUUACGUAUGACAGAAAAUAUGGAAGCGUUUAAAAGUGAUGAGCAGCAAACCGCAGCGAAUCAAGAAAAAGACGAACAAGUUACUAUCGCAGAAGUCUAUAAAAUCAUUGGUUUGGGUGAUGACGCGAACGAUUCAGCCAAAAAUGAAGAAAAUCAGGCAAAUGAUGAGAUGAAUAUUGGAAGUGCACACGGAACUUCGACGCCGCAAAAAGUUGGAAUGGCGUUAGAAUUCGGUAAUAAAAUUCUUUAUGGUUUGUUCUUUUUGUUUUAAUUAAAAAGUGAAUUUAUUUCAGAUUGGAAUAGUGAACCAUUGGAUUUUAACGAAGAUUUAGUUGAUGAUUUAAUCUCUUCGCAAAAAUUGAGCUCAUCAUUGGUGGAGUUACCAUCAUCGCAAAAUGUUAAUUCGUCAAAGACAGAUUCUUUGCGAAAUUUGAACUUAUCAAUGGUGGAAUUGUCCUCAUCGCAAAAUGUUAAUUUAUCAAGUGCUUCGAAUGCCAGCGAUUCAAUUGUGAAUUCGAAUAAAAUGCAGGCGAAAAUACGGAAGGAAAAUGGAUUGCGCAUAAAGAAUAUGAUUGGAUUCUUCAAGAACGAAGGCGUUUCUUUUUUUAAAGCCAAGCGUGUAUACCAAGCACUGUAUGAAGACCGAAUGGAUCUUGAUGUUUUGAUGUGCUUUGUCAUUACUGGGCAAGUGGUCAUCAUCGAUCAGAAAUUAAUUCUGCCUGAAUGGUUACAACGUAGACCAUUGUCAAAGGUUAACAAAGUUGGUGUCAAAAAUUAACAAUUUAUUGUGCGCUGCAAUUUUUGUAAGCUGCAUUUAGUUAUUCAAUUUUUUUGCUUUUAAAUCAUUCUUUGUUAAACCAAAUUCCUUGACGGAACCAAAUUAAUGAACCAAAACGAUGGACAAAACGAUGUCUCUCUAAUUUAAUUUAGAAUUGAAAUACAGUUAUAUUUGUAUUUUAUUAAAAUGAUUUAUGAAUAUUGAUUUCAAAUAAAGCAACAAUCAAAUAUUGUGUGUUGUAAAUGUUAUUUCGUGAAGUGUGUUGAUUUUAUGUGAAGCAAAAUUGUUGGCGCCAAAUGAUUGAUGUUUUUGCCGUAACUGUAAACAAUUAUCAUGUGUUUCUCUGAUUCUUUUGUUAAUUUACAGCUGAAUAGUAUAACCGAAAGCAACGCAUAUCAGUAUUUGUGCUCAACCAAUGUGCUCGCAAAAAUACAUAGACGCGUUUGUUGUGUUUAAUUUGUUCUCUGUUUCUCUUUCGUGUUUAUACACAGCAGAUCAGCACAACCGAUGGCAAGGCAUACCAGUAUUUGUGUACAACCAACAAUGUUUUCAAAUCACGUUUCUAUGUUGUGAUACGAGCAGCAUUUGUUGUGUAUUGGCAAAUAAUGUAGAACUGAGAAUUACAGCAAACGUGUCUAUGUAUUUUUGCGAGUACCGUUGGUCUUGCACUAAUACUGGACCAUGUUAACUUCGUUUGUGUUGUUGUGUGCGUACCGGCAAAUUAAGCGUAUCAAUGUUCUGCACCGAUUGGGCAUUCCAAUGGGAAUUUGAGUGAGCGUGCAAGUGUUAUCUCAUAUAUCUGCUAUUUUUCAUCGUCAAUAAACAUAUUUUUUCUUGGAUUUUGGUAAUUGAAUAAAUAGGAAUUAAAAUUUAGUUUCGACUGUGAGUUGAUGUGUUUUAUUUUUGUGUAUAGUUAUAAUUAUGCCGCGACCGAGACGUGGCGCCAAUAUUGGUCGUCGUACUCAUAAUGCAAGACGAGUUGCAUCUGCUAUAGCAGGUGAAUCUGAAGCGGAACGUGAAGUGAGACUUGAACAGCAAAGAGAGCGUCAAUCGAGAUCGCGUUCUGCUCAAACAAACGAAGAACGAGUCGCGAGUAAUUCUUCGGAUCGAGCGAGAAUGAGUCGCAAUCGCGCUGUUAGAAGUCGUGCCAAUGACAAUAUUAAUCAGCGAGUAAUGCGUGCUGCUUUCAAUUAUGAUAGUGAAGUUGACUAUUGUUCUCUUCCAUGCCUUUCAAUCGGAACUAUGACUAACGUCUGCGAACAGUGCAAUGCAUUUAAAUUUCCAUCGGAAACUCCUGGAAUGUGUUGUGCAAAUGGACAAGUAAAAUUGCCUGUUUUGAAUCCUCCUCCUGAGCCUUUGAGGUCAUUAGUUUCUGGUUUGACUCCAGAAUCGAAUCAUUUUUUGUCUAAAAUACAGCAGUACAAUUCAUGUUUCCAAAUGACGUCUUUCGGCGCCUCAAAUAUAAUCAGAGAUGGAUUCAUGACUUUUAAGGUAAUUACUGAACACGACACUAACAAUGAGUUCUAUCGUGAGAUUGCAUCAAAUGUUUCAUGUAUGCAGAUUCAAGGUCAAAUCUAUCAUCGAAUUGGAUCGUUAUUACCAUGUUUGGAUUCCAAUCAUUCCUUUUUGCAAAUAUAUUUCAUGGGAAAUUCAGAUGUUGAAAUUGAACGGCGUUGUGUGGUGUCACAAAAUCCAAAUGAUGGUAAUGCAUUGAGAAGAGGAAUAAUUGAAAGAUUGCAGCAGUUUUUUCACGAUGAAAAUUGUUUGAUCAAAUUAUUUCAAACUGCCCUUGAUCAAAUGCCUUCGGAUUCUCAUAGAAUUGUUAUUCGGGCCGAUAAAGCACCUGGUGGAAUUCAUGCUGGAAGGUUAAACGCACCAACAAUUGAUGAAGUUGCCGUAUUAAUUGUGGAUGAAGGAGCGAGCAGUCGAGAUAUUGUACUUCAUCGUCGAGAUCAAAGUGUUGUGCAUGUUUCGGAAACUCAUCGUUGUUAUGAUGCGUUGCAGUACCCAAUUUUGUUUUGGCAAGGCGAGGAUGGUUAUCAUUUCAAUAUUAAGAUGAAACAUCGUUUAACUGGUUAGUUACAAUAAAAUGCAUCACACAUUUUGUGAAUUAUUGAUACUUAAUAUUCGCAUUUAUUUCAGGCUUGGAAAUAGCAAAAAAAGUUAGUGCGAUGAACUAUUAUUCGUACAGAUUAAUGGUUCGGCUGAACGAAAUUAAUCAUAUAUUGAAUUGUAGAAGGCUUUGCAACCAAUUUAUAGUUGAUGUUUACGCUAAAAUUGAGUCUGAACGAUUGAAUUUUAUUCGAUUUAAUCAGAAAAAGUUAAAAUCCGAACAAUAUAUUCAUUUGCGCGAUGCAAUUCAGAAUGAUGGGAAUAUCAACGAUAUUGGCCAAAUGACAAUAUUACCAGCAACAUAUACUGGAAGUC